CACCGACUAGGUUGAGAGAUAUCCUUGGUGAUUUUUGCGUUUGUGGACAGGUCGAGUUGUCCGUCCGCGUGCUAAAAUGCGUAAACACGUGGAGAUUUCAAAGCAAUGUGGUUUCAAAUGUUUCAACCUUUCCGGCAUAAAGCUUUGCGGCUGACGACUCGUGACAGCUAUUUACAAAGUGUUUCCUUCACUUUGCAUUUGCCGUCGUCCUUUUGGUUCUAUGAUUUCCCAUAUUUCCCGAAUGCCUCAUGGGAUACCUCACCUCAACUAAUCGCCUUCAACGGAAACCAGCUGAGAAAGGGUAGAGAAGACAAGAUGGCGGAGUGAGUGGGUUGCGCUUUGUAAGAACGUUUGCGACCCUUAAAGUUAAGCAAAAACGCUCUUUAAGGAUUGUACGAUCAACUAAACCAUCUGAAGAGUGAUUUUUGCUUCUCUGGCGGGAGGAGGUCGGGACUUUUUUCUGCCGCGACAGCUCGAUGCUAACGUUAGAUCUGACUAACAUUAGCCGCUAACGUCGGUUGUUGUUUGAGGCCUUAAGCUUGUUCGGAUUUAGUUUUGGAUGUAUAAACUCUGACAUCGACGCGGCAUUUGUUGCUUCUUUGGGGGACUGCAUUGAACAUCCUUGUAGUCGGUAACUUAUGACAUCGUCGAAUAACCCAAAAAGACAUCUUCCGAAAUUUUUUCUGUUCCCCCCUCGUCGACAACAUUGUUUGAAGUAACAGCUAGUCCUGAGUCCACCUACCAACGACAUUCGCCGCUCUGUGUCCUGCUGAUUAUCGGCUACACAACGUUUCCCAGAGCUGAUCAGUUGAAACUCGUCCUUUGGUGGAUAUUAUGGCGAGCAGCAGUGGCUCCAAAGCCGAAUUCAUAGUCGGUGGAAAAUACAAGCUGGUGAGAAAAAUCGGAUCCGGAUCUUUCGGCGACAUAUAUUUGGCGAUCAACAUCACAAAUGGAGAGGAGGUAGCUGUUAAGUUGGAAUCACAGAAAGCCAGACACCCACAGUUGUUAUAUGAAAGCAAGCUCUACAAGAUCCUACAAGGAGGCGUCGGGAUUCCACACAUCAGGUGGUAUGGCCAAGAGAAAGACUACAAUGUCCUAGUCAUGGACCUGCUCGGACCCAGUCUGGAAGACCUGUUUAACUUCUGCUCCCGCCGCUUCACAAUGAAAACUGUCCUUAUGCUGGCAGACCAGAUGAUCAGCAGAAUUGAAUAUGUACACACAAAGAACUUCAUUCACAGAGACAUCAAACCAGACAACUUUCUCAUGGGCAUCGGCCGUCACUGUAACAAGUUGUUCCUUAUCGACUUUGGUUUGGCGAAGAAGUACAGAGACAACCGAACACGACAACACAUCCCCUACAGAGAAGACAAGAAUCUGACCGGAACGGCGCGCUAUGCCUCCAUCAACGCACACCUGGGCAUCGAACAGAGUCGCCGUGACGACAUGGAGUCUCUUGGCUACGUGCUGAUGUAUUUCAACAGAACCAGCCUGCCAUGGCAAGGAUUAAAGGCUGCCACAAAGAAGCAGAAGUACGAGAAGAUCUCAGAAAAGAAAAUGUCCACCCCUGUUGAGGUCCUCUGUAAGGGUUUCCCAGCAGAGUUUGCCAUGUAUCUGAACUACUGCCGUGGCUUGCGCUUCGAAGAGGCUCCAGACUACAUGUACCUGCGCCAGCUGUUUCGCAUUCUUUUCAGGACUCUGAACCACCAGUAUGACUACACAUUUGACUGGACCAUGCUGAAACAGAAAGCCCAGCAGGGGGCCUCCUCAGGGGGCCAGGGCCAGCAGGCACAAACCCCCACAGGGUUCUGAUCCAAACCCUGACCGGAGCCGUUGGAGACCAGGACAGAGUCUCUCUUCCUGGACAAGCGACAAACAGAAAGUCUGCGUCUUUCCUUCCUUCAUAAGUAUCUAUGUAAUGGAAAUAUAUAGAUUUACACAAGCCUUUGUCAGUUGUGUUAUCUAUAUUUUCAUAUGUGUAUAAAUCAUAAAAUUCCACUGGGGACUCUUUUUUUUUUUUUUUUAU